AUAGUUGCACCAGAAAGGACAUUUACGGGUUAGAGUGCUUUAUGCCGCCAAGCAAGAAAGACUACAGUAAUCAACAGACUGCAUUGAGGAAAAUAUUGGAAACAAUGAAGAAAAUUUUCAAAACUUUUAAGCUUGCUUCUGGAGAAGAACUUGGGGAACAUUUAUGUAUUGAAGAAAUUUCUUUUUAGAAUGGUGAGAAACUUGAUUUUGUUCAAACGUCCCAAACUACUAAAUCUUUGCCUAGGCUGGAGCCUUUACAAAGUGGAGGGGAGAUGACACAACUGGAUUCAUCAAAUCAACAAUCAAUGGAUGCAUUAAACAAUGGAAGCAAUUCACAGAAAAAAGGCAAAACAAAGAGGCCAAAAAGAGUUAAAAUUGAAAUUCCUUUAGAUGAUAUCCUACAAAAUUCAAGAGAGAGCAUCCAGGUUGCUGCAGAUAGCCUCCAAGUUAGCCGAUCUACAUUAAAGCGUGCUUGUAGGGGUUAUGGUUUCCCGAGGUGGCCACCACGCAAGAAGAAUAUGGUUGGUUCCUCUCAACCUAGUGAAUCUUCCCCGGGUGUUGAUCAUCAACAAAUACCACAAUUAAGUUCUGAUCAGCCUUUUAGUCAAGCCUCUGCUACUGUUUUUCAUGCAAACCCACGUAAUACAGUGAUCCGAGAUGCAAAUGUUGUGACCGUGAAGGCAAAAUAUAUCAAUGAUAUUAUAAUAAAGUUUCCACUGUCUUUGUCAUCGGGACUAGUUGAGUUGCAGCAGCAAAUCGCCAAGAGACUGCACUUGGAGGAUGGAACUUAUUGUGUCAAGUAUAAAGAUGAAGUGGACGACUUAAUUGUAAUACCUUGUGAUCAGAACUUACAAGAUUAUAUAAGCAAUUAUACAUCGUCGGGCAGCACUAUUCAUUGUUCCAAAGUAGUCAAUUAUCAGUGACCAACUUGAAUCAUCUCAGUUUUUUUGUUGCUGCUAUAUUUUCUUUUGUUCUAUCUUUUGAUUCUAGAGAUAGUUGUUGGACUAUCAUGCCUUGUUUCCUCUGUUUCAGGAAGGUUAGGAGUGUUUCGGGUUUUUUUCGUUUCCUCUUGGCAGUUGGAUUCUGGCCUAACUGUUUUAUUCUCCCCUUUUGUGAUGUUGUAUUAGCAUUAAUAAAAUGUUACUUUCUUUGCUGA